AUGGGUGUCGCAUUCGACUACUCGCCCGACCGGCCAGAGAACAUCGACACAAUCCUCAAUGGCCUCGACCGCUACAACCCGGAGACAACGACCAUCUUCCAGGAAUAUGUGGCAGGACAAUGCGAGAGUCAGACAUACGACUGCUACGCGAACCUGGCGCUGUUGAAGCUCUACCAAUUCAACCCCCACCUCACCCGCGACGAAACCGCCAUCAACAUCCUCGUCAAAUCCCUCACCGUCUUCCCCUCCCCCGACUUCUCCCUCGCCCUCGCCCUCCUCCCGCCCUACGUGCUCCAAACCACAACCGACAAAUCCGGCCCACCCUCCUCCGGCUCGUUGGCAGAAGCAGUCCAACACCUCUCCCUCCUCCACAACGCGCUCAACAACGCCCAAUACUCUCAAUUCUGGGAGAUCCUCAGCGACGACGACGUCUACGCAGAUCUCACUGCCGACGUGGUGGGACUCGAGGAUACGAUGAGGGUGCGGAUCGCGGUGGUGGUGAGUCAGUGUAUGCAAGAGGUGGGCAAGGAGGUGCUUGCGGGGUGGUUGAAUUUGCAGGGGGAGAAGUUUGAGAAUUUCAUUAGGGAUGUGUGUGGGUGGUCGAUAGAGGGUGACCGCGUGAAGGUGCCGCUCAACAAGGAGAAUGAGGCGCGGAGUGUGGUGCAGAGGGAGACGGUCAAGUUUGAUCAGUUCUCGAGGAUGGUGAAGAGGGCGUAUGAGCAGCCUGCUUAG